UGGAAGUGAAAGAAAGUUUCAGCAAGUUUUCGUAAUGUUAAUAAGUUGUGUAAAAAACAUGUCUUGUCAAAUAUUUACAGUGAUUUUCAUAUGUUUAAUAUCCUACUGCAGAGCAAAUGUUCAAAGUAUGACUUCACAAAAGGGUGAGAUGAUGUAUGAAUCAGAGCUCAUAAAAGAUCUGCAGGGCCCACACUACCAGAAGCAGGCGCGGCCAGUGUUCCGACCCACGGACAGAGUGAACGUGUCCGUCACUAUCACCUUUCAGAGUAUUGAAGACCUGAAUGAAAGAGAAAAUACAUUUACAUCAACGUUAUUGUUAGUGCAGACCUGGAAGGACCCUCGGCUGAAGUGGAAUCUGACUAAAUAUGGUGGAGUUCGGACCAUCAAACUGGCUGUUAGCUCCGUGUGGACUCCAGACAUCGUGCCUUACAACACUGCGUCGUUGAAGCCGACGAGUCACCUGUACGAAGACACUGUGUCAGUGAUGCACGAUGGGACGGUUUUCUGGGUGCCGAUGAUGACGAUCUCUGUGAAGUGCCCCAUGGACAUGACGCGGUUCCCGUACGAUGUCCAGACGUGUCGCAUCGUGCUGGGCUCGUGGUCGCACUCCACCGCCGAGAUGGCCAUCCACUUCAUCAAGGGCGACAAGGAGACCAAGGUUGACGUUCUGAUGGAGGAGACGUCCUUCCCGCUGACGGAGCACCCGCAGUGGCUGCUGGUGGAUGACCGAGCGCGGGCACAGAUCAACUACAUGCACUACGAGUGCUGCAGUGACGCCUUCACCAUCCUCACCGUCACCUGCGUGCUCAAGCGGCGGCCGUCCUUCUACCGCUACCUCGCCGUCGGCCCGUCGGCCUUGCUUGGCCUCCUCGUCCCCAUCCUCUUUCUUCUACCGUCACGGUCCCACGAGAAAGCUACGUACGGUUUGUUUAUUCUCCUGUGUGUCACGGUUCUCAUUGUGGUGCUGCAGGAAGCUAUCCCGUUCAGUCACGGAUCCAUGCCUCGCAUUGGGGUAUUCUAUUUGUCGACAAUGAUUCUGACAAGUUUCAGCAUUAUCCUGUCGGCUAUAAUUGGUAAUCUGAGUGUGCGUGGCUCGCGGCGACGCCCCCUGCCUGCCUGGAUUCAAAGUACGUUUCUGAGUGGCAGUGGCCUGCGGCGCCUGCUGUGUAUCGACCAGUACUCCCCUGUGGACAACCUCUUCUCCACCAGCCUGCGAGGGCUGGAGGACCUCGAAAACACCCCUCCGUGUCACCGCCAUGGGGAUGAGUCCGGUCCAGACCCCGCCCCACCGACGAGACUGGAGCAGCAGUUUACCGAGAUGAACAAGUAUCUGCGGUACAUCGUGGGCAAGAUGGCUGCCGAUGUGUCCUACGAGAACGUCAACCAGGACUGGGAGGAGUUCGCGCGCGUCCUCGACCGCAUCCUCUUUGUCGUCUUCUUCAUCCUGUACGCCAUGACCGCCAUGUCGCUCCUCACCUAACUGUCUUAAUCAUCCUGUAUGCCAUGACCACCAUGUGGCUCCUCACCUAACUGUCUUCUUCAUCCUGUACGCCAUGUUGCUCCUCACCUGACUGUCUUCUUCAUCCUGUACGCCAUGACCACCAUGUCGCUCCUCACUUAACUGUCUUGUUCAUCCUGUACACCAUGUCGCUUGCUCCUCACCUAACUGUCUUAUUCAUCCUGUACACCAUGACCACCAUGUUGCUCCUCACCUAACUGUCUUAUUCAUCCUGUACGCCAUGACCGCCAUGUCACUCCUCACCUAACUGUCUUCUUCAUCCUGUACGCCAUGUUGUUUCAUCACCUAACUGUCUUCUUCAUCCUGUACGCCAUGACCACCAUGUCGCUCCUCACCUAACUGUCUUCUUCAUCCUGUACACCAUGUCGCUCCUCACCUAACUGUCUUAUUCAUCCUGUACACCAUGACCACCAUGCUGCUCCUCACCUAACUGUCUUCUUCAUCCUGUACGCCAUGACCACCAUGUCGCUCCUCACCUAACUGUCUUCUUCAUCCUGUACGCCAUGUCGCUCCUCACCUAACUGUCUUAUUCAUCCUGUACACCAUGACCACCAUGUCGCUCCUCACCUAACUAUCUUCUUCAUCCUGUACGCCAUGACGCUCCUCACCUAACUGUCUUCUUCAUCCUGUAUGCCAUGACACUCCUCGCCUAACUGUCUUCUUCAUCCUGUAUGCCAUGUUGCUCCUCACCUAACUGUCUUCUUCAUCCUGUACGCCAUGACCGCCAUGUCGCUCCGCACCUAACUGUCUUCUUCAUUCUGUACGCCAUGUUGCUCCUCACCUAACUGUUAGUUCAGAGGCCUGAAAAACUUGCAACACUGAUGGUUUUUGUUAAGUAUUGAUGCUCGCAUCCUUGAAUGAGUUCUGUUUGAUCAUUUUUUUCAUCCUGUAGACGAUGAGUGCAAUUUCACUUGUCACUAAACUGUGUUGGUUCAACAGCUUGGAAAUUGCAACAUUGAUGGUUUCUGUUGAGUAUUUGUGCAAGUCAGGUGUUGCAUAACCCAGGUUUUGUUGAGUUUUGUGCAAGUCAGGUGUUGCAGAACCCAGGUUUUGUUGAGUUUUUGUGCAAGUCAGGUGUUGCAUAACCCAGGUUUUGUUGAGUAUUUGUGCAAGUCAGGUGUUGCAUAACCCAGGUUUUGUUUGCAUGUUAAAUUCAGGACAUCAUGUACAUUGUUGUAAUGGGUUAUGCAUUAAGGAAUGUAUUACAUAUAACCAUGUUGUGUUUGACCAUUUCCAGAUGUUAAUGCUCAUUUUACAGGUGUGCAAAAAAAAAAUGGCUCUCUCUGUUUUGUGUCUCUUGUCUCUUUGCAACAAUAAAAGCAACAUUAACGUCUGUAAAUGUUACUUUGUAAUUUUAUAGUUAUCCCCUAAUUGAAAGCCCAAAGUUAACAAAAACUGGAAACAAUUGUUUUGAUUUGGAGGCUGUACUCCGGUUGUCAGAUUGUGUAUAGAACACAUGCUGGGUGGUGCAGUCUGUGAUGUAUCUGAACUCUUUGUUGUGGGAGUAAUGUUUAGCCCUAAUGGUUAAUAACUGAAGUUAGCGGCAUACCUGUAUUACGAAUAUUUGAGCUAGUUUGGUCCACAUUUUCAUCAUUGUUUGUAUAUUAUAAUGCUCACUUUUAUCGUUUUUGUUUAUAAUUUACUGCAAGUGUUGACAUGUAUUUCUAAACUAUUACCCCACGACAGUUCAUGUGUAAUAUGCUACAUGUAUGUGUUUUUGUGUUGAUGUUGAUCAUGUGUUAGCAGGACACAAUAUUUCACGUAACCACAGUUCUGUUUAUGUGUCAGUUAUGCAACUUUAAAUUAAGGCGAAUUGCCGAUCGGUUAUGUGGUGUACCGUUACAUGCUCUGCCGGGCGUCAAAUAGUGGCCUGCGAAAAGCGAAACACAAUCCAUUUUUUAAAUUUAGCAGGUCAAAUAGAAAUUCACCUGCUAAAACGACCAAACCAAUUGCAGGUCAUAUUUAAGAGGCUAUAUAUGUUUGGUUAUUUCAUCUGCUAUUUAGCUCGUGUACUGUCUUAUUUACAACAUAUGUUUGUCUUAUUUAGACAUAUUUCUACAAGCUAGCUACUGUAGAAAUGUAACAGCAGGCCAUACUUCUAUAAGCUAGCUACUGUAGAAAUGUAACAGCAGGCCAUAUUUCUAUAAGCUAGCUACUGUAGAAAUGUAACAGCAGGCCAUAUUUUACUUCCCAUUUUGAGCCCUGCUCUGAAAUUAAAAGUUGCAGACUUCAGAAGGUAACUAAUUUAAAUGCAGGUUUGAGGUAAUUGAUUAGGUUACACAGAUACAAUUCACAUAACCAAACAGUCGGUUACCUACAUGUAGAUCAAACAUGUGUGAACCAUCUUCUGGUUACCUAAACAUGUUGAAAUAUUGCCCGCUGGUUUGUGUGCAUCUGUGUCCAGGAUGGUGUUAAGUAUGCCCAAAUUAAGUGUAAUACUUAUACUUGAUGACUUGCAAUUCACAACAAACAAAUUGCUAAGAUUAACAUUUGUUAGUCAUGGUACUUUCCAUGAGCAAAUCUGCCUUGGAUCUUAAGAAAAUAAAUCAGGCAUUUUAUCAGGUAUCCAAUUUAUUUUUUUAAUUGGUGGGAGGGAGAUGAAUUUUAUUUUUUAUUUUAUAUAAUAUAUUCUGGACUGGAAAUAUCGCCCAUUGAGGAAAACAGAACUCUUUUGACCUAUAAAAUAAUGGGGGACGGCAGGGAAGACCAUCUAAGAUUUACCCCCUGACUCGGAAUUGGUCACUGAUGAUCCCAGAGAUUAAGUCCGGGGUGGGCGUGCCUAAACCUUCGGGAUAUGGGCACGUAAAAAGAGUUCCCUUCUUUCUAAGAUUUAUUUUAUUACAGCCUUAGAAGUAGUAAAGAAGCGGUCUUUGGGUCCUUGGUAUAGUUUCUGUACUGUUGUCAGUUGGUUAGUAGUAGAGUAUUACUGUUUUGACAGUGACCUAGAUUCAGUAAAACAUUCAUUUAUUUCUAUUGUAUUAAGUGUUAAAUUAUCUCAUUUGACUUGCUCACUAUACAGUAUUUAAAUUGUUUUUCACCCUAGCCCCCCCCCCCCCCCCCUCCCCCCAAAAAUAAAAUUGCAUUUGACAUAUAUACAGGUAUAUUUUACAAUAAAUUGACCAUGCAGCUAAUUUGAGAACCAUCUGGAAAAGCAUGCCACAUCAGAAUUUAGUAUGUUGCCUGUUUGCUGAUAUUUAACGAGACAGCAAGUGAUUGCGGCAGCUUGCUGGACAGGUUUUUGAUCCUACUGUUAAAUUAAUAUGAUAUGACAGAAGAUGAUAGUAACCAGUCAGAUUGCCACAUUAUGGUGUAAUGUUGUUUUUUAGGCCAUGCUAUUAUGAACAGUUUACUGUAAAUCAUAAAAUAUUGGCAGUCUUAAAAUUUAGAGAAAACCAAAUUAGUGAUAUAUUAUCUACAUAAAAUUUUAGUGAGGUUGUCAUAUCAGAAACUAAGAAUAAAGUUAAAUUAUGGAAACAGCUGAAAUAAUACUUUCGAUCAGUUUUGACAUUGCACAGCUUAUAGUCGAAGAUUGCAGUAACUAAGUAUUGUUCUUUGCUAUCCUUUUGGUUUAAUCAAUGUAACCAUUAUUGUGUGUUCAGUCAAUCAGCGACAAGACAAUUGAAAAGUUAUUUUUGGAAUGGUCUCUUGUAUAUCUCCUUAAAUUUAACAUGCAAUAUUUUAUUUAUAUGGCCUCGCUGAUUUCGCUAAACUUUUAUGCUCUCUACCAUUUCGUGAUUUACAGUGUUUAAGAAAAACAGAGGUCUUGAUGAUCUUUGACUUUUUUGUCUCUUAAUAAUUGGGUCUUUAAAAAGACUGUCCUGAGUUUGCUGUCAUUGUAACACAUUUCUCUUUGAUAUAGACUUUCUAAUGACCAUAUUUACAUGUUGAAUGCAUUUUCUUAUCUUUGAUAUAGACUUUCUAAUGACUAUAUUUACAUGUUGAAUGCAUUUUCUUAUCUUUGAUAUAGACUUUCUAAUGACUAUAUUUACAUGUUGAAUGCAUUUUCUUCUCUUUGAUAUAGACUUUCUAAUGACUAUAUUUACAUAUUGAAUGCAUUUUCUUCUGCUUGAUACAGACUUGGAAAUGGGAAAAAUAUCCUUAAAAAGUAGACUACAUCGUCUCUCCAUAACUGUUACUUCUCAGAUUUAUGUGCAUUUUUACAAAUUUUUAAAAUGUAUUAGAAACACCAGGAUGACCAGAAGCACUUAGGAUGUAUGGAAUUGGAUAAUGUAAACAAUACAAUCUAAGUAAAGUCUGAUUUCAAGUAUCAGAGAGUCGGAUAAAACUAUGAUCUGUCACUUUAACAUUGACAGCAAACUAAGAAGAGUUUGUUUGAGACAUGCUACAUGACUCAGGAUAUCAUGUUCUACUUAACCAAGCAGCAGUUUUUGAUCCGUCCAUCGACCGUGUGUAAAACUCUGUAUAUACAGGUACCUAAGUACAUAUUUGUUUUACUACACACUUAAAACAGUUUAUAUGACAACUUGAAGAACAAUUAUGUUAAGAUUUCAAAUAAAAUUAUAACAUGUUACUAAGCAUUGUAAUUAGGCACUGUUACUGUAUUAGUACAUGUAAUACCUUUUAAAAGUCACAAUAGUAUGUUUUAGUUAAAAGAAUGUUUUACACAAACGGUUUAUAUUUUUGGGACUUAUACUUUUCUACUAAAUGUUUUAAGACUGUCUCAAUGUUGCUUGUUAAUAUAUAUUUUUUUAUAUAUGCUUUUUAUGAUACACUUUAUUUGAAAACUCGUCAAAACAGAACAUUUUGUUCAAUAUUACAUAGCAAUUCGCUGUUUAACUUUCAGAGAUUGUUAAAUAGUAGACUAGUUUCUAAUCCAUUUUUGCAUGUAUAUGAUUAGAAACCAAUGUUGUUAAAAUGUUUUGAAACAAAAUAUUGCCUGCAGUACAAAAUAACUGUUUCAGGAAGUCUUUUCUGUUGUAUCAUACAUGAACAGAAUUCAGGGCUCAACCUCACCAGUAGCCCAAGGUGUUUUGGCUACCAUAUGUUUGCUCGGGCUACCAGAUGUCUAAACCUGGUAGUCCACCGGGCUAGUAUGUAUUUGUUUUACACGUCCAGUUACUCCGCAAUCAACAUGUAUAAGUGUAUAUUUCACGGUAUAUUUCUCAUGAUUUAAAAAAAAACGUAACAGAUGUUUAAAUAAAAAUAACUGAUUUUAAUAUUUUCUCUCAUUUUUUUUAAUGUAUUAAACUUAUGGGGCUACCAACUUUUACUGGGGGCUACCAGAUUUUAUAACCUCAUAGCCCGGCUGGCUACCACUGAAAAAAGUUAUGGUCAAGGCCUGGAAUUAUUGUAAAACUGGACUAUUUUGUCAUUAUGCUUGGGAUGCUGUUGCUACAAUCAUAAGCGUAAGAGAUGGUUGGGGGGGGGGGGGGGGGGGGGGGGGGGGGGGGGGGGGGGGGGUCAAAUUAGGGCAAAAAACUAGAGAGAUAUUUGGGCAAAAUGUGCUAAACUGUUCCUAUAAUUUUCAGUGUGAGCAAACCUUAAUCUUAUUUAAUAUUUUUUAAUCCGUUUAUAGUGCCAGAUUUAAUAUGUGUUUGUAUUAUGUUACUAUAUGUGUUCGUUCCAGAAUAUUUGGAACUUGUUUUAUUUGUUUUUUUAGUAAUAAUUUGUAUUGUUAUUUUACAUUUUAUUUAUAACCAAUUUUAUAGAAAUAGCCCACCAGUUGGUUUCAUGUACAUAGACACAUAGAUAUACUAAAUCAAAAUGAGUAGUAGUGGGACACCUCCAUGUAUCAUUAAAAUGGAAAAAACCCAAACUUACAUAUGUUCAGUAUUGCUUAGGUAUUUACAGUAACAUUUUAUUCAGUGCUUAUUGUUUGAAAACCAUCAGCGAGCAAUAAAGUGCAAUUUAAAUGCUCUCAAUAUCAUAUUUGAUUUUGAAUACAAUAAACUAACGACAUCAGCCUGUGAUGAGGCUAGCAGUCUUCCGCCCACACAGAAUCCGUUUGGUGUUAGCACAUGUGGACUGGAGGACUGUAAAACCAUCACGACUCGUUUAUGGCCAGCUGUAUUAUAGGCAGGGUUGCACUUAAUGGUUCAACAAAACAAAUAAAUACAUUAAUACUCAGCUAAGUCUUAAUAGAGUGUUUGCCAUGAACAAAAACAAGAGUGCUGACCACCACUCAUGUUAAGGCACUAGGUGUCAAACCUGACUGCCUUUCAAGGCUAGCUCUGGGCGAGUGUGGAGGAGAGUGAGAGUGGUGACUCGCCUUUCAAGGCUAGAUCUGGGCGAGCGUGGAAGAGAGCGAGAGUGGUGACUCACCUUUCAAGGCUAGAUCUGGGCGAGCAUGGAGGAGAGCAAGAAUGAUGACUCGCCUUUCAAGGCUAGCUCUGGGUGAGUGUGGAGGAGAGCGAAAGUGAUGACUCACCUUUCAAGGCUAGCUCUGGGCGAGUGUGGAGGAGAGCGAGAGUGGUGACUCACCUUUCAAGGCUAGCUCUGGGUGAGUGUGGAGGAGAGAGAAAGUGAUGACUCACCUUUCAAGGCUAGCUCUGGGCGAGUGUGGAGGAGAGCGAAAGUGAUGACUCACCUUUCAAAAACAUUUUGCCAAAUUAUGUCUUAAACUUAAAAACAGUACAGAAACCCAGUUAUUUUCUAACAAAAUAUCAGUUAUUCAUGAAAUUAUUUUGCUAAAGUAAAAUAAAAUUCACCAGACAGUAUUAGGAUAGGAUAUUGCUUGAUGAUAAAUUACACAAAACAAAACAAAACAACAAAGAAGAAAAAAUAAGUAAAAACAAACCUAACUCUCACUAUGUGGAUGUCGCAUGUUUUAUUAUCACGGUGCUGUUUGUAUUGUGUUCCUUUACCAAGAUCAAUCACUUUGUAACAAAUUAUUGUUGUUAUGUCUUCUGUGUGUGUGUGUGUGUGUGUGUCUUGUGUGUCUUGUGUGCGUGUGUGUGUGUGUGUGUGUGUGUGUGUGUGUGUUAAACUGUGUGUGUUUAUGUGUACAUGCAUACUUUCUGUGUGUGUGUGUAACUUACAUCUGCAUGGUAUAGUUAUUACAGCAGUGUGUCAGCAGAGAUGUCCUGGCCCCUCUGUUUGGGUUGCCGUAUAAACGCGAAGCAGUUCACUGGACGACUUGCUGCAUAAUGUCGCCUCACUGAUCUUGGAACCGUAUUGUGGUUUAUAUUGAACAAAUGUGGAGAACAAUAAUUUCUGUCUAUUUUAAAAUGUAUUCAUUUAAUGUGCUUUUUUAUAUACCUGUAUAAAACCUAGCUCAUACCAAAUAAACAGUGAUUGUAA